AUGGCUCAAAUUCACAGACUACAUACUCAGGCCGAGUUGAAAAACUGCUCAGCAGACCAAGUUUAUGGUUUUUUCAAGAAUGAAAUGACCAAGCUCCCGCUGCUCCUUCCUCUUAUCUACAAGGAUCUUCAAAUCCUCGCAGGAGAUGGAAACAGUGUGGGCAGCAUAAGGCUAGCGAAAAUCGCUAUGGGGACUUCUCAGUUGGUAUCCAUAGCGGAUAAGAUUGAAGCCGUGGACGAUGAAAGUAGGAGUCUUAGUUUCUGUAUCACUGAUGGAGAUCUCUUGCGUAUGUAUACGAAGUUUGCCUACAAAUUGACUGUAGCGCCAGGAGGUGAUAAACAAAGAUGUUUAGCGAAAUGGUCAGUGGAAUUGAGCAAACUAUCCUUAGAAAAAUGA